CUAAUCUCAGCAUCCCAUUCACUCCUCUCUCUCCUUCCUUCAACUUCAUUUUCCUUUUUCCAGGUUGAUCCUCUUUCUCCUCGUUUCCACCCCCCUUCUCCUCUUUCCUCCUCUACCCCCUUCUCUACCGUUCUUUCUCUCGCUCUUACUUGAUUGUUUUGUUCAUCUUUAUUAUUUUACUUCUUUCACACUCUUUCACUCGUUUCCCUCUGCUUCCGACGCUCCGUCCCAGAUUCCGUGGCCUUUCCGGGGCCGUCCGCUCCUUACAGUACUAGUAUUAUCCUUCGUAGCCGGCGCAGCAAACAGACCUUGGUUCUCGGUUUUAGCACUUUUCCUUCCGCAUCAGUCUAUUUCGGAAUCGCUCGAUUGUUAAACGCCCUCAGUGUAGUCGAUUUACGCAGCGUCGUUUCUCCGGUCCUCCUCCGUUUGACGUUAUAAAGUUUCGACACUUGGUUAUACAAGGUUGCGUGGCUUGGGUGCAGCAUAAUCAAUGGUGCCAAUGGGAAAUUGAAGGCCUCCAGACAACAUCGGGCUUUCCAUUGGUCAUAGGGAAGUCAUAUUGGUCUGGAGGUAUCUGUGCGUCUGGAUCACUUACUACGGGGUUAACCGGACAGUUGUUGGCUCGCGGUAAUUUCGCAAUCAGGUUUUAGACGUUAUCAGGGUCGGCAAUGGCUUCGAUCUCUCUACCUCUGCAGCCGCAGACUACGUCAGCAUUUUCCCAGUAUCUCGACUCUGCGGAUCAGUUCCCUGGCAGACACAGCCGCCGCAAUCUGACAAUGUCCACACCACUUCCAAACCCACCGUUUAUCUUCCCAGCGCGGGAACCAGAUGCAACUCAGACUCCGACAGCCCAAUCUGGCGGGCCUCCGCCCCUGCCCGCCUUUUCUUUUAACCCGGGAUCCGCACAUUCAUCGCAACCCUCGAUGCCAAACCUCCCUGUGAAUCGAGCAGGCGGGCAUCGUCGCCGAUGUAGCGAGUUCGUCGGCGGGGAGCAACUUGUCAGCCCUGGGCCAGUGGAGAUGAGUCGGGGAAAUGAGAUAAACCCAACUACAACACCAACUAAGCUACCCGUUCCUGGGCCGGGUUUCAGUGCGGGUGGUCCUGGAAAGCGUCGCCAUGCCCAUCGGCGCUCGGCGGCCAUCUCCAGUGUUGAUUUAACCGCUAUAUCCAAUACGCUCGAUUUGAAGCCCACUGUCGGAAGCGCGCCACUGUUCUCGACAGACGCAAAGCGUGAUCUUGGUGCAUCUGACGAGGCUCUUAGACCCGCAUGCUAUUCAGCAACUACUUUAGGUCGAUUUACUCCGCCCGCAUCUCCCCAGAUUAUGAUUAAUGAUGAAUCCUUACCCGUUGUCCAGCUUGAAACAGCAAGCGACCGUCUCACCGACGAGCGGCCAAUUUCCGAAAUUUCGAGGGGUUCUGAAAGCACAGUACGACCGGAGAAUACAGCUAGAAAUAGCGGGAAGCCUGGUCCAUUUACAAGUGAGCCGUCGUCAUCUGUGGAUCGAACUCAGAAGCCAAGACCGAGAACCGCGGAUGCAUCUCUGAUGCUCGACCCGAACACGAUCAGCGGAACCGAUGAUGCAUCUCGGAUGAAGCGGCCUCUUUCUGCCACAGGACACUCUCGUUUUCGCAAAAGUAUAUCUUCCGGGAUUAUUGACGCCGCAUUGAGGAGACAUCAUGGCGACGACAGUCGCUGGACAGCAUCCUCCAGACGCUCUUCUUCCGACGAUGGUGAUUCAUAUGCAUCCACUGAGGACGCCCGUGGGUCGUUUGAGUCUACAUCUUCCUCGAAGAAAAAGUCGAAGAAUAAGAAAAGACAGAAGAAAGUACGCUCUUGGGCCGGGGCCAUUCUUACCCGGGGGAAGGGGAAGCGACAUCAAUCAAAGAAAGAUGAGACGAAGGACGACACGAAUCAGUCCGAAGUUACAACUCCAGCGAUUAAGAGAACCAAUUCAGAUCUCGGUUCAGCAGUGGACGUGAACUUUGACGAUGAUGAGGAUAUCGUCAUCAUUCGGACCCCUACUAACCCCGCUGCUCCAAGAUCGCAUGAACCCACAUCUGAAGUCGACCCUCACAUCAGCCUGGAAAGUUCGUGGAAGCCACGAAGCUUCUACGAGCAAGUCACACAAAACGAUGCUCUCAGCCCUAUCAUCGAUCUGGAUGCAGCUCUGGGGCCUUUCAAUACUCCUGAUGGGCGAUCCCGCUGUGCCCCUGAGAGCGGUUUCUCAGCAGCGACAAAACGGAUGUAUAGUGGCGGACGACGAGGUGAAUUUGUCGGGCCAGAAAUGCGCUAUCACCGACGUGCAGAAAGCGCCCCGGAAAUGCCUCCUUUUGACCGCAGCUUCCUCAACCAGGCGCGUCUCGCGAAUAAUGCGUCUCUGGAAAACCCUGAUGUGUUCUACGAAGAAGAGGAGGACGCUUUUCUGGCAGCCACCAGUGAAUCUCCCAAGCACAGCGAUGAAAAUAUUCCGGCACAGGCUGUUGCCUUCCGUGCUGAAAGUGUCGACCUCCAAUCGGAGGGUAGCAAAGUUAGCUCGGACACCCUCACUGGGGAACACACGAGCGAAAUCAAUACACAGCAGUCGGGUCUCGGCAUUCAGAAAGACGGGCUGCCUGAAACGUCGGAGCCUAACACUAUCUCUACAUAUCAGGAUCGCAGCAGUCUCGUAGCACAACAGUGUGCAAUUGGCCAGCUUCAUAAUGCAAAAAAUCCUUUCAGCAUUCGGCCGAAGAGCCCAGGACCAGCGGAGAUAAUCAAACAGGAGCUUUGGCAACGCAGACUGGGAGUCCCUCCUAGUCCCGAUGUUUCUCCACGAUUUCUACCGGCUGACAAUAGGCCUUCCACUUCACCCAUUGAACUCACCCCAAAUAUACCUCCUUUCUCUCUUCAGGGCGGCAGUUCUUUGUCUAACUCCUCCUUUCCAUCUCCCGACUUCACUGGCUCUUCAUCUGAUGCCCCUCGCUCGAUCACGACGUCCUCCACCACCGACCGUAAUUUUUCGAGUCCUUCUUACAACCCUUCUAUGGACUUCCCCCAUGCAUCUGUUGAAGAUGUGCCUUCGUUGACUAGCAGUGCAUCGACAACGACGAAUCCUCUAAACCGAUUCUCGGCGACCUUCUUUCCGCGGCCACGGCUGUCUACAGAUCGCUCUGCGUCAUUUUCUGCGGCCGUUCACAGGCGCAGUAGCCAGGCUAAUAGUUCGAAGCGAUCAAGUCUGGCCAGCCUUUCCAAGUUGGUUGUGGGGUCUCAUGCGGAAAGGAGUAAGCUAAGUUACGAGGAAAAGCCGCCGAUCGAUGAACCGGACAAAGCGAAAAAGAAGAGCCACCGGAUCAGCCGCUUGAUGCACUUUUGGAAGACAAAGGACAAGGACAAACUGAAUGAGAGUGCAGUCCCGGAAGAACAGCUGUCAUGACCAAAACCUCGAUCCUACAGAAUCCGCUUCUUGUAUAUAGUUAUUCUGAUAUGAUUCCCUCGACGUGGUCUUUGGAAGAUCGUUUGUUGUUUCUAUUGGCCUCGCCCUUUUAUUUAUUUAUUUUUUCUAUUUUCUCCAGUCUGCCCAGUUGUUCCGUUGGGCUGACUGACGAAUCUCUUUUGAUAUGUGUUCACAAGCGUAAGAGUUCAAUACUCUCUUUACAUCAUUUCUCGUCUUUCAUUAAAUGUCCGGUUACAAUUUAUGGACAUAUCAUUCUCUUGAUUGUCUUUCGUUUAUCGUUCAGAGCCUUUUUUUUUUUUU